CUAGGCAGAUGAAAGAGACUGGGUGCCACCUAUUACCACUGCCAGGUUUUGGGUCCGGGAUGGAGGCCAUGUGGAAAGCAAUGAAAUGCCAGAAAAGGGGCAUUAGACUAGAGAGAUAGUAGGCUAUGCUAUGGCAAAUUUGAUUAAACAUUCAAGUCGUGUCCUAGGUAUUCUUAUCUGUCAAAUUGAACGUAGUAGGCUACUCCCGCAUAAAUCUUGGAUUCCAGGAAAUUAGCAUAUAGUUACCAUGGUGAUGGUAGCUCGCUGAUCCAAGGAGUUCCACAAAAAUACUGCUAGCUACUCGAGGAAGUUUUCUGAUUACUUCUAGCAAGCUAGCUAGCUUUUUAAUUUGCUAGUAGAUCUACUGUGUCUCACUUUUGAGAGUAAAACGACUAGGUUUCUUUCCAGCAUUUUUUAUUGCCAAGUUAAAGAACAUCUCCAGGAGUCCGCCCAUCGCGAAAAGAAGACAGCCAGAUUGUAGGUGCUCAGGUUAGGUCUCAGUUUUGGUCACGUAGCCCAAACAUCUGCUUCGACAUAAGGAAAUAUGACUAUGUUUGCUGCUGGUUACUGGAUACCUGAGACAGAAAAGUUCUGAAGACGUCUCCCCCUCUGAAGGGCCUGAGUGGAGGGACAGGAGUUGGGUCGUGUUCUUGAGGUGAGCCUUGCUAGAACCAGGCAACCAUAACAAGAUGGUGAAAAAAAACACAGGACACUCACGACAGUCGUCCAUAUCCAAGACAGCUGGUGGCUCCCAGAUAUCCAGCCUCAAAGACCUGAGCCUGCUGGAUGGAUCUGGCCUUGGGCAGGAGGAGACCACAGAGCUGCCUCCAGAACCCCCCACACCUGACGAGGGCCACUUGGGCUUCCCAGACCCUGUCUACCUGCUGGCAGCAGUCAUCUUUCAGAACACUCACCUGGAGAAGCCUGCUGCCCACCGAUUAGUCAGUUAUGGCAAGCGGGCGGGGCUGCCCCUGCCUGAGGCCAAGGAUGAGGCGUACCAACGCAGCUCGUAUGAGCUGGCCUUCAACACACUCAAAUACCAAGAGCUCCUGGAGGACAUCAUGAUUGACAGCUGCUUUUACCUCUCUCAGCCAAUGCCUGAUGACCAGAUGAGUCUGGUGGUGGUGAUGCUCUACGACUUCCAGGACAGGAAGUUCCUCCCUCGGGAAUGCCAGGGGGAGGAGCUCGUACAGGAAGUCAGGGAGGUGGAGAACUGCCUCCUCAGGUUUAAGACCAAGCUGGCAGCCUCCCUGGCUCGCAGUAGGAUCAAACAUGACCUCCUGACCAUCGACUGCAUCCUCCCCGAGGCUGUGAGGAAGAAACAGGAGAGAGCCAACAGGCUGCUCCUCUACGCAUGGGUCAACACAUUCAAGAGCAGCUUUGAAGAGGUGUGCGGCGUCCUGAAGCGAGGGGGAUUCUCUCAGGUGAAUUCAGUCGGGCAGUUGGAAGGGCAGUCCUUCUGUCAGGACCUCCACUGUGCGGACGUGUUGGUGUUCCACCCCCAGCUCAAAGCUGACCUGUACCGCACCAAGCUGCUCAGCGACAACAAGCUCGUCAUACAGGAUAAGUGGUGUAGCGUCGGUCCCUGUGUGGUGCGCUUUCUGUUGCCCCCAGAUGGGGACGUCCUGAUGGCUGGCUCCUCCUCCAGCCUUACCAUGUCACACACCGCCUCCCUGGUCACCCACGGCAACGCCCAUGGCAACAGCCAAUCGAAAGUGUUCGUCUGUGUUGGCGACCGCCCACCCGCCCAGAGGGAGGAGCUACAGGAGGUCCUUGCCAAUAUGGCCUGCAAGAACGUGAAGCUGAUCCCUAUGAGUUUCCUGUCUCUGGACCCAUGUGACCUGAGACUCCAGCGGGUCCGGGUCAUCCUGCUGACCCCCCAGUGCUCCGUGUCUGCAGUCAGCAACCCUGUUGAGUUCAUACUGCAGGAGAACGGAGACACAGAUCUGCUCCAGGACCUGUCCCAGGGUUCCAUAGCCCAGACCAAGCUGGACACACUGGUGGCCCAGCAGAAGAGAGACAUCGUCCAUGCCCUGAAGUUCCCCAAGGUGCAGGUGGUGGUGUACUCUACCUGCUCCUUGUACCCUGAGGAGAAUGAAGAGGUGGUGAGGGGAGCUCUGGAGCAGGCUGGGCCUACUGAAGGACCCAAACUACAAGCCUUCAGGCCGAGCUCUUCCUUACCCACAUCUCUGGGCCGAGCUGAGGAGAGAGCAGGGGGUCCGUUCUUCAGACUGGAUCCUUCAGACGAAACUAACGGCUGUUUCCUAGCUGUACUCACCAGAGAGCCCGACCUGGAAGAGAUCGAGUCUGCACAGGAAGUGCUUGCCAGGGCAGCAGCCACGGGCCUAUUGGACGGGAUCGAUUCCAACAAUCCAACCAGGAAGGAGAGGCGUGGCCGACAGACCCACCAGGCACCAAUCAGUCACGCCCGCUCAGCUCAUACACGCCCACACGCCACCGCCAGCAGCCAAUCCAGAGUCAUGGAGUUCCUGAACCGUGAGACCAAGGGUAGUAGCUCCACCCCUACGGUGGGGUCGACCAAUGGAGGUCUGUCGCAACGAGGUAAAGCCAAGCCUGCUCGCCGACGCCCUCCCAAGCCCUCCCUCUCUAACAGUUCCUCCUACACCUCCCCUUACCCCGCCCCUAACCCCGCCUCCAGCCUCUCCAGGAAGAAUCAGACCCGCCUCAUCAACACUGCAGCUGCAUACAACAACCGCCUCUCGCCUACCGCCACAGACCCCAACCCCCCUGCUGCCCCUCUCACCACAGCCCCCUUCGCCCCCCUGGUCCACCCUGGCCCCCCUAAGGGACGUCAGGAGGUGCUGCGCCCCGUGGCCCUCACCCUGCCCCCGGUCCUGUUCCCUGGGUACUCCCCCCCGGCCAGACAGAUCCGGAACCUCCCUCCGCCCCCCCAGAGGUCCAACCCCACCCUGGCCUACUACCAGUGGAAGACCUCACCCUCCCAGGUGCCCCUGAUCAAGUCCUCUGGUAGUGUCAACGAAAAGCCUGUCGUCAAACACCCUCGCCCCUGGCUCUGACACAGCACACAGGACAAUACUUCAGGCAAAUACACACAGAUACACCCUCAAAUACUGAAGACAAAAAACACACUACCAUACACUGAAAUAUAGAAGACAUGUUACACACACACACACAUAUAUAUAUAUACACACACACACAUAUAUAUAUAUAUAUACACACAUACAAGUUACAUUCACACACAGUGUCCAUAGUGCUGUCACUACUAUAGUUUUAAAGCAAAAACAAUAAAGCACCUUUAAAGUAAUUUCACUUUAAUACUUUUUGUAUGUGUCAUAAAACAAGUAUGCCAUAGUCAAGUAUGCCAUCCUCAAGUAUACAGUAAUUGUAUAUUUUUACAGUAGUGCCAAUUACCAAAUAUGUGAUUUCAUGACUUCAAUGACUUGACGCAUUACAUGAGAAAAUAAACCUGCACUUUCAAGACCUUC